AUGGCGAACAGUUGUGACUUGAUGCUUUUUAUAAACCACUGUGGGCAGUUUGUAAAGGUUGGCAAUGAUUUUGAGUAUUAUGGAGAAGAGGUCACUUCAAGAUAUGGAUUUGACAAAGAUAGAAUUGGUUAUUUUGAUUUAUUAGAAGAAGUUCAAAAAUUAGGGUACACUAAAGGAGAGAAACUGUAUUUUAGGGCUAACAACAGUAGAAAGUAUGUUCACAUGCACAAUGAUGAGGGUGUCAUGGAAAUGCUUUCUAUGAUGGAACCUGGCAAGCAUUAUGUUCAAAUAUAUGUUGAUUCUGGUUCCACAAAUGAAAGUAAAGGUGAUGAUAAGCAAAAAGGCAUAGCAGAUGUGCAACAAGCAGCUGAUGAUAAUGUUUGUGAGGAUAGCACAGAUGAGGAUGGAGAAGAGUUGGACCAGUUUAUUGAUAAUUUUCAUGAGGACAGCACAGAUGAGGAGUAUGUUCCAGAAGAAGAAAGUUCAGAAUCAGAUGGACUGGGUGGAGAUGAAUUAGGAACUGAUGAUGAAGAAUACUUUGAAGCAAGGAGAAAAAGAGCUGAAUCCAAAAAAGUUGCAGAUGAAGAAACUGAAAAUUUCACAUUAUCUUCUGAAAAGGGGUGUGGUUCCACAAAUGAAAGUGACUUCCAGUCUCUGAGGGAAGAUCAUUCUGAUUAUGCAGACUCAGCAGAAGAGACGCGAGGAAUUGGCGAAGCCCCAUUUGAGAAGAAAUUUCGUGUGUAA